AUGUCCCUCCGAAUCAACAUUCCUCCAGCCACUCGCAGCUGUCUUGUCGGUUUACUGACCCUUUCCCUCCUCUACAACAUCGCCAGAUGGCGUCAAAUUGACACCACCGGGGGAACACCGACCACUUCGCCUCUCGUACCCUACCUGACCCUCGUCCCCUCCUACGUCUUCUACUACCCCUGGACAAUCGCAACAGCGACAUUCGUUGAACAAAACAUCUUCACAGUUUUGCUUAACGCCGCAACCAUCUUCUAUGGCGGCAAAUACCUCGAACGCGCGUGGGGUUCGCGCGAGUUCAGCAAGUUCAUCGCCGUCAUCGCCGUAAUUCCCUGCGUGGUGAUAGUCCCCAUCUACCUAACAUGGGGCGCAAUCGGCGGCUCCUCAGGUACAACCCUGACCCAAAUCUGCGGCGGCGUCUCCAUCCAAGGCUCCUUCCUCGUCGCCUUCAAGCAACUCGUCCCCGAGCACACUGUCACCGUCUUCAAAGGCCUAGUCAAGAUGCGCGUAAAGCAUUUCCCAGCCCUCUUCCUCCUCCUAAACACGAUCGGCGGCUUCAUCUUCGGAACCGACACCGCAGGCGUGCUCGCCUGGCUAGGCGUCCUAGCAUCGUGGACCUACCUCCGCUUCUACAAGCGCCAGCCCGACCUCACAGGAACUUCCAACGGCAGCGGAAUCAAAGGCGACGCCAGCGAGACCUUCGCCUUUGCGUGUCUCUUCCCGGACGUCAUGCAGCCGCCUAUCGCCUUCGUUGCAGAUCAGAUCUACGCCGUGCUAGUAGCAAUGCGGAUCAUGACACCGUUCUCAGAAGACGACAUCGCCUCAGGAAACCAGCAGGUCCUGGCCCGCGGCGAAGCAGGCCUGCCGACACUACUCAGCAGCCAGCGCGGCGGGGCGGGCUCAAGGGGGAAGCGCGAAGAAGCAGAGCGGAGACGGACACUCGCUCUUCGCGCUCUGGAUCAGCGUUUGCAGGCUGCUACUAUUGCCCGGCCCCAGCCCCAACCGUUAGGCGAGCCGAGUUCUUCUUCGCAUGGAGCUUCGGCGCCUGUUGCGGCCGCUGGUCAGGGUAUGCUGGGUGAAACGAGUUACAAUCCGGACCAUGCAUGA